AUGUGGUGGUAUGUGGUUACUGCUGCCGCGUCAGCCGUCUUCUACUCUAUAGUGCAUUGUUGUGACAAGAAGAAACCAUUGUCAGCUGAACCCCAAGCUCCCAGAAAGGGUUCUUCCGCCCAAGUACAAAACGUGAAACGGGCUGAAACGGCUUCUGAUGACAGUCGAGAUUCCGGAUCUUCGGUACCCCCACCACAGUCGCAACCUCCACCACCUUCGCAGCCUCCACCCCCACCACCCCCACCUCCUCCUCCGCCCCCACCUCCUCCUCCUCCUCCUGCACCUCCCAAGAAGGCAGAGAUCGAAGUGCCAAAGAAGUCUCCUGAG